CCACAACUCAACUAGCUCUCUCUCUCUUCCUUCUCUUCUGCUGCUUCUUCUCCUGUCCUGGGUGCUGUCGGUGUUAGUCUCCCUCUGUCCCUCUCAGAUCCGCCUGCUCGUUUGCUGUUCGUCUGCCGCUUGGUCUCUCAGAUCUCCGCAAUCCGGAUUCUUCACGGAUUUCACCGGAUUCCAGGGCUUCCGGCGCCGUAAUUUGUUCGUGGGUUGGGGAGUAGUUGUAACGAUUGAGGUUUGAAUCCUAUUUUCGGCUGUUCGGGCGAGAAUUUUUGAGGAGAGCGAGAGGGGAAUUUCUCAGUUCAACUUCGAUUAGUUUCGGAAGAGGAAGAAAUAAAGAAAGGGAGGAAGAAAGAAAGAAUUGAGUAAUUUGAAUCUUUCUUUGAUUCAAAUCUUUGCUCAUUUAGCGGAAUUGGAACUUCUCUGUUGCCGGCGCCCACAGCAAGGGUUUUGGGUUUCUACCUAAGGACCAUAAGUUUUUUUAAAUUAAAAAAAAAAGAUGCAGCGAGACCACCCUAAGAAGGAUUUGAAAGAGAUGGAAUUUUUCACGGAGUAUGGGGAUGCCAAUAGAUAUAAAGUUUUGGAGGUCAUUGGAAAAGGAAGCUAUGGAGUUGUUUGUGCAGCAAUAGACACUCAUACUGGCGAAAAAGUGGCAAUAAAAAAAAUACACGAUGUUUUCGAGCACAUCUCUGAUGCUAUUCGAAUUUUGAGAGAAGUCAAGUUGCUUAGGCUGCUAAGGCACCCUGACAUUGUUGAGAUUAAGCGGAUCAUGUUACCUCCUUCCAAGCGGGAAUUCAGAGACAUUUUUGUCGUUUUUGAGCUCAUGGAGUCUGAUCUUCAUCAAGUUAUCAAAGCUAAUGAUGACUUAACGAGGGAACAUCACCAAUUUUUUCUUUAUCAAAUGCUUCGUGCUUUGAAGUAUAUGCAUACAGCGAACGUGUACCAUAGAGAUCUCAAACCCAAGAAUAUACUGGCAAAUGCAAAUUGCAAACUCAAAAUCUGCGAUUUCGGGUUAGCAAGAGUUGCAUUCAGUGAUACACCGACGACAGUUUUCUGGACGAUGUGGCUUGUUCAUAUGCUAAUGUUUCUCAAUUACGUGUUGCAGGACUAUGUGGCCACGAGAUGGUAUAGGGCUCCAGAGCUAUGCGGGUCUUUCUUUUCUAAGUAUACGCCAGCAAUUGAUAUUUGGAGCAUCGGCUGCAUAUUUGCCGAGGUGUUGAUAGGGAAGCCCUUGUUCCCUGGUAAAAGUGUCGUCCACCAAUUAGACAUUAUCACCGAUCUUCUUGGGACUCCUGCACAGGAUACCAUUUCCGGGGUGAGAAAUGAUAAAGCUAGGAAGUAUUUAACUGAGAUGAGGAAAAAACAGCCUGUGCCAUUUGCGCACAAGUUCCCGAGCGCAGAUCCCUUGGCACUACGACUUCUCCAAAGGCUCUUAGCUUUUGAUCCAAAUGAUCGGCCAACUGCAGAGGAGGCUCUUGCGGAUCCUUACUUUAGGGGCCUAUCGAAAAUAGAGAGGGAGCCCUCUUGUCAGCCGAUCUCAAAGUUGGAGUUCGAGUUUGAAAGGAGAAGGGUUACGAAGGAUGACAUCAGGGAGCUCCUUUAUCGGGAGAUACUCGAGUAUCAUCCGCAGUUGUUGAAAGACUACAUGAGUGGGAAUGAAGGCACGAACUUCCUCUAUCCUAGUGCGAUAGGUCAUUUCAGAAAGCAGUUUGCAUACCUUGAAGAAAAUAGCGGUCGUAGUGCACCGGUUAUUCCUCUAGAGAGGAAGCACGUCUCUCUCCCUCGGCCCACAGUUCAUUCGACAUCAAUGUCUCAUAACAUACCGUCUUCAACUUCAGUUGACAACCAUCAAGUAACAGAUGAAGUCUCCAAAAACUUCAGGGGAACCGACGGUGUUGCUGGGAAUGCUUCUAGGACCUUACGGCCGCCGCCUAGAGUGCCUACAGUGAAUGCAGCAAAGCCCGGUAGAGUUGUAGGAUCAGUUGUACCAUGUGACAAUACCAGAAACCUUGUCAAAGAUGGUGUCUACGAUGCAAGGAAUGUGUACAGAAACACCACCACAGUAUCUCCCCCAUGCUUCUUCAGGACCACCACGAACUCCGCCCCAACGACGAAAAACAAGUCGUCCUUGAUAGACGCCGAGCACCACCACACAACAUCGCAAGCCAGGCCGCAGCAACCUCUUCAUCAGCAGCACAACAUGAUGACGAUGGGGAAGCCACUAGUUCCAUCAGGAAUAAUAGCAACGGAGAUUAACAACACUAACCCGUACUACCACCACCACCACCAGCAGCAACAAGCAGCCAAAGUGGUGGUGGAGCAUCAGCAUCAGCAGAUGAAUGAGCGAAUUGCCAUCGACGCGAAGCUGAUCCAGGCCCAGUCUCACUAUGGCCCUGCUGGCGCGGCUGCCAUAGCUGUGGCGGCUCAUCGGAAUGUGGGGACGGUUCAUUAUGGGUUGUCUUAGACAGGGAAAGAAAUGAAUGAGGGAGAUGAAAGGGAGGUGGGUUUGAGUUUAGCGGUGUUUGUAUGUAUGUAUUGUUUACAUCCUGAUGUAAGUAAACCAUUCUUACUGCCAAGUUCUCAUUUGUCAAUGGAAAAAUAACGACAUUGAUUGGCCUGUUGUAGUGUUCCAGGAUCAACCCUCCUCUUAAUAUAGUUAGUUAGUUACUGUCCUCCACAGUCAUCCAAGGGUCCAACCCUCUUCUCCUCUCCGCUCCAUGAUUAUUGAUGCCUGAGAAAGAAUCGGGUUGUGUGUACUCUCUCCUAAAGCUGUCGUCAUCAUAAACCUGAAAGGGACGAAGGAAAGGGAAUCUGCAGUAAAAGCAGGAGAUCAGAAGCAGAAGGAGAUUGGCCCUACAGUACUCUGCGACCCUCUCUCACACGCUAUCAGAAGAACAUAAAUAUGGCCACCGGAACGAAACCUCAUUCCAUUCACUUUCAACACACACUCUCCCUCCCUCUCUCUAUCUCUCUGUAUUCUCUCUCCCCUGCUAAGGAAGAAGAUGGCGCAGCCGGAGGAUGUGGAGAUCAGCAGCGGAGACAGCGGCGGUGCCGGGCCAUCCCAACCGAUGAUCGCUCUCGCCAUCAAGGGCCAGGAUGGUGAGGUGCUGCAUUUCAUGGUGAAUAUUCACAAGCCGAUCAAGAAGCUCCUCCUCAAUUACUGCCAGAAGAAGUUACUGGAUCUCAAACUCUUGACGUUCCUCAUUAACCAGAGGAACUUCGACCACCGCAAGACCCCUGCCGAACUUGGGCUGAAGGACAGGGAGCUGAUUGUUGUCGUGAUGACCAACUAUGGCGGCUGAUGAUCACCGGACAAUGUUCGCGGCGCCUCCUACUCCCAACUUGGAUAUAUGAUUUUAGGAAUCAAGUGUUAACUGUCUCACUCGCUAGAUGGGUAGAAGCUUCUCUGAUUAAUCAAUAUUAACUUUGUGUACGUAUAUGUCUACUUUUGUGACUUCUACCUUGCUAUGAUCCUUGUGUUGUGAUUGGCUUCUUUCAUCGCCAUUUCUGGGUGAUGAAGCUGGACAAAUCAACUGGUUAUGCUGCAAAAUCCAUGAUGAAAUGGUCACGCUCGAAUCAGUGAUAUGCUGCUGGACAAUGAUGAAAGAGCAACUUUGUAUCUCUAAUGUUUUUUUAUCUGUGGUGGAAAAAAAUAUACGAAACGAAAGAGAGAAGAUGAAUGAUCGUACAAAGCAGUUUAAUUUAUUGAUGAGUGACAACUCGAUAUGUAUAUCCAUAACAAAUAUCGUAUAUACUUGUUCUUAGUUAUCUUUUAACCCUCCAACUCAACUCCCAUGAUCAUAUCGUUCACAUGCAUACAAUGUGGUAUAUGUCUAAAUCCUCAAAGAAUGAAUGUAGGAUUUCCCAUUGAGCUCCCUGGCAAAGACGCCUUUGAAGAAAUCUUCCACUAGUAUUUUCUUGAACCUUGGUGGAUUCUCAUCAGUCACCAAGCUUUUGGCAGGGCCUAUCUCUUUCUCAUAGCUUGGCCCAUAAAAUGUUGCGAUGGAGAGCCUUUCUUUCUCUGAAUUCACAGUUGCCCGAUGCUCAAUGCUUCUAUAAGCCCCGUUCGUUACAAUCUCGACAAUGUCUCCAAUGUUGAUGACAAAGGCGUCGGGGAGGGGCUUGACGGAAACCCAAUUGCCGUUUUUCCUGAUUUGGAGGCCUUCGACUUGGUUGAGCUGGAGAAGGAUGGUCAGGCCCGUGGCGUCGGAGUGUGGAGUGAGCCCAAUGACUUGAUUGGGCUGAGGGCAUGGUGGAUAAUAGUUCAUUCUCAUGGAUUGGUGGCCAUCGUCGAAAAGCUCCCUCAUUUCAUUCUCUUCCAUGUCUAGUGCUCUGGCCAUAUGGACCAAGAUCUCCAUUGCUGUUUUCUUCAGCCCCAUUGAAUAAGCCUCCAAUGUGUCCCUUAGAGGCAGGGGAAGGUUUGGGAACAAGUGGGGUUUCCUCUCACUUGGCGGCUGAGUGACGAGGAAGAAGAGGUCAGCCCAAUCCAGCUUCUGUUCAUCGGACACCACGAAUGCUUGGCCGAAGCCUUCUACUUCUCCUUCUCUCUGCCAGAACUUUUGCUUCUCUUCCAUGGUGAGGUUGAAGAACUGCUCCACCUCUGCCUUCACUUUCUCCAGAAGGGCACUGCUGACUCCAUGGUUGAUCAACUGGAAGAAACCCCAGUGGGUGGAAGCGAAGUGGAGCUUGGAGAGCUCAGAGGCCAUGGAAUCAGGCGAAAGCAGCUUCUCCAUAUCGAUCACAGGCACCUCAUCG